UGUAAAAACUGUCAAUGUCACUUGAAAAAAUCUAAUCAAAAUUUUUAGUGUUAAGUUUCAAAGAAAUGUGAUAAACUAUAGUAAAAGAUAAUGUCCGUUGAAAAUAAAGACGAAAGUCUUGUCGUUCCAGUAACUAGAAUAAAAUCGUCUGCUCUCCAAGCCCCUCAAUUCCGAAGCGUCAAAGAUAGAGCUCACAGUUGGUUGGUAGCUGGUAAACCAAUUCUUGGCAAAGAAAUGGACAGUGUCUUUUUUAAUGACGACCGCUUUGAGCUCAUCGUGGACACUCGGGGCUUCAAACCUGAAGACGUUAAAUGCACCGUAAGCCCCAAUGCCAUCGAAAUAAUAGCUUCAAAACAAGAAAUACAAGCCGGGACCCAACGCAGCAUGUCCACCACAAGAAGUUACCAAUUACCUCAGUUUAUACAACCACGACGAGCACUUUGCUGUUUUUCUAGAGAAGGAAUCCUAUUAGUUGCCGUGCCUUGGCAAAGAUAACCUCUCACAGGAAAUAAAAAUAAAGAAAUUAGCCAAAACUC